GGACGCAGCGCUCUCGUCUCACUCCUGCUGGUCUCAGCAUCUCCACUCUUUCGUCUCUCUGGUGUGAGUGUGUUCGUCUGCAGAUCGGCUUGUGUUCUGAAGGAACGUCUCACUCACACUGGAUGUAUAAACGCUGGAGGAGUAAAACCACAGACAUUCACCAUGUUUACCUGAUGACAUCUGCUGCUGGACCAGCGGGGCAUGUUGUCACACUUUUCCCUCCGGUGAACAAACCUGGAAAUCUGGACAUCGAGAUCACGGGACGCACACUGAGCUCUGUAGCGGGGCAUGUUGUCACACGGUGUGGGGAGAUGCGAGUGAAUCACGAUGGACGGAGAGAAGAACGUCACUCUCAGCGCAAACGUCUCCGGCGUGCACAGCCUGUGGGAGGCGGUCACCAUAGCAACCGUCUCCGCCGUGGUCAGCCUCAUCACCAUCGUGGGGAACGUUCUGGUGAUGCUGUCCUUCAAGGUGAACAGCCAGCUGAAGACGGUCAACAACUACUACCUGCUGAGCCUGGCCUGCGCUGACCUCAUCAUCGGCGUCUUCUCCAUGAACCUCUACACGUCGUACAUCCUCAUGGGCCGCUGGGCUCUGGGAAGUGUGGCCUGCGAUCUGUGGCUGGCUCUGGAUUACGUGGCCAGUAACGCGUCUGUGAUGAACCUGCUGGUCAUUAGUUUCGACCGCUACUUCUCCAUCACACGUCCACUGACGUAUCGUGCCAAACGGACCCCGAAGCGAGCGGGAAUCAUGAUUGGAUUGGCUUGGCUCGUGUCUUUCGUCCUCUGGGCUCCGCCCAUCCUCUGCUGGCAGUAUUUCGUCGGAAAGCGAACGGUUCCUGAAGGACAGUGUCAAAUUCAGUUCUUCUCUGAACCUGUGAUCACGUUUGGCACGGCGAUAGCCGCCUUUUAUGUUCCCGUAUCCGUCAUGACCAUCCUCUACUGUCGGAUCUAUAAGGAGACCGAGCGACGCACCAAAGACCUGGCCGAGCUGCAAGGAGUCAACUCUUUGAACGAUCCAGAUGCACCGAAUCAAAAGACUCGUUCGUGUCUCACUUUAAAAGACGAGCGGCUGACCAACUUCAGCUACGCUUCAUCCGAAGAAGAAGAGCGUUCGGCUUCUCCCUGUGUCUUCAAAGAGACGAGAAACAAAAAGUGCAUUUCUUAUAAAUUCAAAGACGUUCGUUCUACGAAGAGCGCUAAUGGAGAGGAACAGCCCUCUUCGUUGUCGUCGGCCGAGUCUGUGAACGCACCGUCUUCCUCCAAACCUGUGGAAGGCACGCUGAAGAGCCAGAUCACCAAGAGGAAGAGGAUGGUUCUGAUCAAGGAGAAGAAGGCGGCGCAGACUCUCAGUGCCAUCCUGCUGGCCUUCAUCCUCACCUGGACGCCCUACAACAUCAUGGUGCUGGUGUCCACCUUCUGCUCCGACUGCGUGCCGCUCUCGCUCUGGCAUCUGGGAUACUGGCUGUGUUACGUCAACAGCACCGUCAACCCCAUGUGCUACGCUCUGUGCAACAAGACCUUCCAGAAGACCUUCCGCAUGCUGCUGCUGUGCCACUGGAGGAAGAAGAGGAGCGAGGAGAAGCUGUACUGGAGCGGAGCGAAGCCUGCGGCCGGAAACACUCUCAGCUGAGAGAGAAACUCUCCUCCACUGCACAGACUCACUUCCUUGAAGCGAUGCACUACCAUUCAGCUUUACCUGUUUCUGCUCACCAACGCUGCAUUUAUUUGAUCAAAUAUUUUGACAAAUGAUUAUAAUUUAAAUCAUCUGUGUUCUGUGUGAAUCUGUGUUAAAGUGUAAUGUAUUUCUGUAUUUUCAGCAUCAUUCCUCCAGUCUUCAGUGUCACAUGAUCUUCAGAAAUCAGAAUAAUAUGAUGAUUUACUGCUCAAGAAACAUUUCUGAUUAUUAGCCGUGAUACAUUGCUAUUCAAAGGAUUUAAUUUUUUAAGUGAUUUGUACUUUUAUUAAUCAAGGAUGCAUUAAACUGAUCAAAAGUAACAGCAAAUACAUUAAUACACAUAAAAGCUGUUCUUUUAAACUUUCUGUUCAUCUGUGAAUCCUGAAAAAUAAACUGCAUCACAGUUUCCACAGAAAUAUUGUGUAGCACAACUGUGUUCAACAUUGAUAAUAAUCAGAAAUGUUUCUUGAGCAGUAAAUCAUCAUAUUUUCAUGAUUUCUGAAGAUCAUGUGACACUGAAGACUGGAGGAAUGAUGCUGGAAAUACAGCGGAGCAUCACAGAAAUACAUUACACUUUAACACAGAUUCACACAGAACACAGAUGAUUUACAUUAGAAUAAUAUUUCAGAUAUUUUGACAACUAAAUUUAUCCUUAGUGAGCAGAAGAUACUUUUUUUCUAUAAACAUUAAACAUUUGUAUCAUUCCUAACAAUAAAAAUUGUCCAAAAAUGACAAAAAGCUCCAUAAACAUGUCUCAAAAGUAUCAAGAAAAUGGCUCCUUUAAUCAAAUCUUUGCUUUAUUUGAGGAAGGAAUAAUUCAACCAGCUUUGUAUUAUUACAGCAAUGUAUUCCAGCAGCCAGAUCACAUUUAUUAGUCAGCAAAAGUCUGUCAGAUGAUGAGUCAUUAUGUCAUUUGUCUGAUUUUUGACAGCUCCAUCUCAUGUAGCACUUUUUUUUCCUUAAUCUUUUUUUUUGUUAUUGUUGCAUUUUUACAGCCAAUUUUUCUAGCAGUGAAUUUUGUGUGAUUAUCUCUUUAACUCUGUCAUAACUAAUACUAAGAUAAUUUCAGUCAAUGUAAGUUCAUCAUUGGAUUCUGCAAUGUUUUUACAUCAUCUAUCCUUUAUGGAAAUAAAAACCCACAUGUCAAUAUCAUAAGAAUAUAAUAAGGACCAUGUUCCAUGAGUGCAGAACAAACACCCAUCAGAGAUGAUUUUACUCAUGUGUGUCAGUGUUAAAGGGCUAAUGUUGUAUUUCAAAGGCUUGAUGUCAAUUGUACCACUUCAGAUGCCUUAUAGUGCCAUUAUGAGAACAGAGAGAGCUUUACUGAUGGAAGGAAACUCAGAAACGACUCUGAAGAUGCAGUGAUUCUGGAUAUUUGUUGUGUUGAUGAUGUCAAACAAACAGUUUAAUGAUCACGUGUGAUUUGUAUCUAUAGGUGCUCAGAAGAUUCUUUCAAUGUGCUGGAAACAAGGUGAUCAAAGAUGCCAGAACUUUCUAUUUCUGCUUUAUUGCUCUUUUGUUCCCUGUAACCCGUGAUCGUUUGUGACUUUAUAUCAGUUUCACAAAACAUUUCGGACACUUCGCUACAAAUUAGUCUGACAUUUGAUGUUUAUUGAAUAAAAUAAAAUAUUUGAUCCAGA